AUGUUUUUGGUGGAGAGUUUGAAAACGUCGCUGGAAGGUGUAAGUUUUGAGCAUUACUUGUUGUUUUAUUUUUUUGGAAAAAAUAUGCACAAUACAAAAAAAUGAAUAGCUUUUUCUCAAAAAAUUGAGAUUUUUAUGCAGGUUUCAACUGCUUUUGUGCAUUUUGCAUUAAUUGUUGGAGUCGCAAUUUAUACGGUUUUUGGAGCACUUUCAAUGCAAUAUUUAGAAUCGCCGGAAAGAAUGUGAGUGAAAAUUAAUUUAAAUUUGAAUUUGACGAAUUUAAAAAAUUGUGAAAGUUUGAAUUUCAGUUUUCCAGUCAAAUCUCAAAAAUUUCAACAAAAAAAAACUUUAGAACUCAAAAAUCCAAAUCUAAUCACAACUAAUAUUUUCAGCCGCUCUCAUAUGAAACGAGAAAUCCCGGAUCGCGUUGAACGAAUAUUUCUAGGCGAAGAAUUAUCGGAAAUGGAUCCGAAUGUUCAUAAAUGUUUGGAGCAAACUAUCAACGCUAUUUUGGCUCGAGAUAAUUGUGCUGAAAAUUUGGAUUUGAGCAAGACAGAUAUUGAACAAAUUGAUAAUUGUUAUUUGAAAGCUGAUAUUCCACCAAGAAAUAUUGAAAUGGUGAAAAAAGAGAAAAAUAAAAUCGAAGAAGAAAAACCGGCUGAAAUUGGUAAGAUUCUAUGAUGAAAAAUUGUAUAGAUUCUGUCUUUGUUUUUCAGAAAAUCAAGAGCCACCGGAAAAAUGGUCCAUCGGAAAUUCGGUAAUUUUUGCAUUCACAGUCAUCACAACAAUUGGCUAUGGACAUAUUGCACCAGAAACUUUCGAAGGUCGACUUUUUUGUAUUUUCUAUGGUCUGAUAGGUGUCCCAUUUACACUUUUAACAAUCGCCGAUCUCGGAAUGUUUCUCACAAAAAUCUUGAGAAGUGUGUUAACUUUAUCGAAAAAAUCAGCGGAUUUUUUGUUGUCCAAAUUUUCGAAAAACACGUCGGCUAGAUCUACCAAAUCUUGCGAGAAAGAUAAAAAGAGUAUUGAAAAAAAUGAAGAAAAAAUUGAGGAAGAAGAAGAAGCUGAACCCGAGGAAAAAGAAGAAUCUGAACCGCGAAAAACUGAAGAAUCUGUAGCUUUGGGCAUCACAUUUGCUUGCUAUUUAUUGGCUGGAGCAAAAAUUCUGUCGGUUUACGAGCCAGAGAUGAAUUUCUUCAAUGCACUGUAUUUCAAUUUUGUCACAUUGACAACAAUUGGACUUGGUGAUUUUGUGCCAAAAAGUUUUGAUUAUCUUUUUAUUACAUUGGUUUAUAUUGGAAUUGGUUUGGCAUUGACAACUAUGGCCAUUGAAAUUGCCGCCGAUUUAUUGAAGAAAAUACAUUAUGCUGGAAGGAAAAUGGAAAAUGUUGCGAGUGCUGUCGUUUGGUUUGGUGGAAAAAAGUUAGUUUUUGGGAAAAUUCUUUUUUUUUGUAAAAAACCACAACAAAAAGUUAGUUCUAGACCAACAUUCUUCACUGAGAAUAAAAAGAUACUGUAG